AUGUUGCAUUGUGUUGUCACUUCCCGAUGCAGCAAUAAGCACCGGAAGCCAGAGAGCGCGGAGCUUCACCUGAUGGCGUCAUCUGGCUCCGGCGCCCAGGGCGCCGGCAGACGCAGCUGCUCUUCCCCGCCAUACAAACCGCAGGUGCCUCGUGCCGGCCUUGCUACAAGCCGAAUGCGCCCAGCCUACCUCGUGCGCGGGCUUAAGGAGGUGGUCAGAAAAGACCGGAUGGAGGGCCGUUGCCGAUGUGUCGAAGCCGACUGCUGUGCCAUACCCUACCAUGGCUGGCAUCACCACGCUGAGCCCGAGAUUCUUUGCAAGAGGUGCAAGAUGGGACCAGCCCGUAAUGUCUACAGCGAAGAAGUGAUGAGGGCUUUGAACACCCGAGGCGGUCCCAUCUGGACACGCUUGCUCCACGGCGAAGCCGAACCGCGAGGCGAUUGCAGCACGAUGCGUGGAGAGCACUACAAAGCUGGGGCGAACCAUGGCUUGCUUGUCACUGAUGUGACGGCGAGCAAUGCCCUAAUUGCCAAGAAAGUUCAGAGUUGA